GCAAAACACAUUUUUGUUUGAGAUUUCUGAAGAACUUAACAGUUUAUUACUAAUUUAUAGUGUAAAUAUGAGUUUGGCCAGCAUAAAGCAGAAAGAAGUCAAGGGCAAAAAGAAAGUACUGCCCAAGCUGCGCAAUAUUCUGGCCAAUCCUUACAAACAGCACAGCCCUCUGUUAUCGGAAGAGGAAGUGCAGCAGUUUCGCCAAAUACUGCAAAAUGCAAUUGAAAGCAGCGGCGGGGAAACCAAAUCAUUUGCCACUCGAUUUGGCAUACAUCUCGGCCUGGAGAGCUCCUUGCGCGCCAUAAACUCCCGGCGUUUCUCCUGCCUACUGAUUUCCUUGAGCCUGCGACCAGCUCACCUCGUCCGUUUGAUGGCCACUAGUGCAUCCGUCAAGGUGCCUACGGCUCCCAUUUACGCACAGCCCAAGCUGGAGGAGCUUACCCAUGAAAUCUUUGGAGUAAGAGCGCUUUCCUUGGCCUUGCCCUCCGAUUUGAAGUCAAUAAGCGAAGACUUGGAACAGUGGAUUACUGCCCGAAAGAGGACACCCAUGCCUGCCAAGCAGAUAGCCCCAAAAACGCACAAGAAACCCAAGAGGAAGCCCGAAACAAUCCAACCAAGCAAAGAGGAAGAAACGCCGGCGGUACCAGAAAGAAAGGAAGAAAAGAAGGAUUGGGGUGAUGAUUUCAUAUCCUGCUUUUCGGACGUACCCUCUGUAAGGCUCGACCGUGUGGAUGUCCAAGUGGAGACCCAAAAACUGGGCAAUGCCCUAAGUAACUUGGCCAUGAAAGCCAAAAGCAAAAAGCCGAUAGUAGGAGUCAAACAUAACCCAGUCAAAAAGGAGAAGUCGCCCAGCCCAAAGCCUAUGGAGGUGGAACCAGAUGAAGAUGACUUUCUGCCCGGAGAUCUGCAGAACUACCGCCCUCUUACUGUCCACCAAGUACGUCCUAAUCCCGACAAGAAACCCAAAAAGAAGCGCAGCAAAAAGGCCACCAAGUCCUAG